AUGGGCACCCUCGAACGCAUCGAUAGCUUGACCUGGGUAACGGGUGCCGCUCUUUUUACGGCUCAAGUAUCUUCCCUCCUCCUCUCUCGCGCCACCGAAGGAUACACCGCGGUAUACGCAGAGCUAGUCUGCUGGAUGCUAGUUAGAGCCGUCUUCCAUGCUGUUCAUCCUCACAGCAACGGUAGAUGGAAUGACAGCGAUGUCUUUGCCAGAUCGUCGACACUGCUACCAUGGGUAGCCGCUGCUUCUAUCUCCAUCACCACGCUAUCUUCCUCGAUCGAAGAUACUGCCUGGAUAAUACCAGCAGUUACCCCUGUAUUGGUUGCUCUCCGUCAUACCGCAGUCCUCCCUAGCCUCAACCAGUCGUAUCCCGAAUGCCUAAGAUCAAUACCCUGCCAGGCCUUUGUUGGAGCGGUAUGUGUCUUGGGUCUCGCCAUUCCACAUGAGCAUACCAAGCUGCCCUUCGUUUUGCUAGCCUUACUUGGUUUAGUCGGGCUCUAUGCCUCUCUUAUCCGUAUGUUCGAGCGGAAUAUCAGCUACUUCGACGGCCCCGCACGGUUGGCAUUGUCUGAUAUAGUACGGUCUAUCGCAUCCCGCACGAUCGCUAUACUUGCGAUAGCAGCUAUCACCCUUAUGUGCAUCCUAUGGCCAGGAUCCAAUCCAUACAUUCUCCAAGUAUUGGUGGCCGGUGGUUUGAAAGCCGCACAUUGGGUUGCGGUUUUCUGGCUCACUCGAGAAGUCCCUUGGGAAACCGCUACAACCAUUUGGACCUGCGCUGCUGCCACCUACGGCUCUCUCGACCCAAAUACCUAUACCUUGCUACCUCGACUGCUCGAAGCACUCAAUCUACUGGUGGUUCGCUCGAUAGCGGUGUACCAGACGUCUGGCUUGUUGCGAAAGACGAGCCGCGGCCGAUUUAUAUUAUACCUCUUCGCUAUAUGGCCCUGUCUUUCUCUCAUUGACCACACAACUCUAAGCGGGCCAAUUGGUCUUUUACCAGGAGUGAUUUGGGCGCCAAAAGGCCCUCAACCCAGCCCACGACAUCCAAUUGAAGAGCUCAUCCUCAAGGCUCAAGCCGAUUUCGCAGUCCUCGUCGACGGUCAGUCAAAGACGCUUGACGCCGCAGAAACGGAGUAUCGUCGACGGUAUUCGCGCGACCCGCCGCCAGGAUUCGACAAAUGGUACGCCUACGCUCAAUCCAAGCAGUCAGUCUUGAUCGAUGACUUCGACACGAUCAACGAAGAUCUGAAGCCGUUUUGGAAGAUUUCUCCUCAAUGGCUGCUCGAGAGCAUAGACUACGUUACCAGUGGCGGUUGGAUCGUCGACGACCUCGGCAAGCUACUAGGAGAGGUAGCUCGAGAUAUCCCCGAUGUCGAAUUCGCCUUUGACGUGGUGGACGAGCCAAGAGUAGUAAUCACCCAGCAAAUGCUCGAUGCCGGCGGCGUGUCGAAGCCAGAGUUCCAGGACGUGAAGCACAAAUCCAUCUGGGAACGAAUCACAGGUCCGUGCCAAGGCAAACCUUCGAAGACCUACCAACCCACCGUCUAUGAUCACGGCAUACCGUUCGUCCAGGACUGGUACGAAGCGAAAGACGUUUGCCAGCAUCCCGAGUUCGACCUGAUGCAUGGUUUCUUCUCCUCGCCUGAGACCUGUAUGCUCACCGACGCGCCCAUGCCCGUCCUAUCGCAGGCCGCCCCGACCUCUUUCGGCGAUAUCAUGUACCCAAGUCCCUGGUACACCGAGAAGCAGGAACAGGGAAACUACAAUGACGAGGAGGAUCCUCCAUGGGAGCAAAAAGCCAAUACCCUUAAUUGGGCAGGCAGCACCACGGGUAGCCACAGCACAAACGGCAGCUGGAACUACUCCCACCGGCAACGCUUCGUCAAGCUGGUCCAGACCCUGAACGAGACCAGCCACAAGUACCUGAGAGAGGUGAAGCCUGGAGCAUGGCAGAGCUACGAAGCGACAGAAGACCAUAGCGGCUUGUUCGACGUCAGACUUACCGCUGUCAUCCAAUGCGACGACCAAGACUGCGCCGAGCAGAAAGACUUCUUCGCCCUUGGCGAGAAACAAGAGCGCAGCCAGCAGUUCCAUUCGCGCUUCAUUUUUGACACCGAUGGCAACAGCUUCAGCGGGCGGUACUACACGCUUCUCCAGUCACGCAGUGUCGUCCUCAAGCAGACGGUGUUGAGGGAGUGGCAUGAUGAGCGGCUUAUACCUUGGGUGCAUUACAUUCCUGUCAGCCUGUCUAUGGAGGAGUUGCCGGAAAUUAUGAGAUACAUGACCAGCAGUGAGCAGGGAAGGAGGCGAGCAAAGGAGAUUGCUGAUGCGGGUCGGGAGUGGCAUGGGAAAGUGUUAAGGAGGGAGGACUUCACUGUCUAUCUCUAUCGGCUGAUGCUGGAGCUGGCGAGGAUCAUGGAUCCGCAUAGGCAGGUGGAAUGA